AUGAAGUCCUCACUCUAUGUCCUCAGCGUGCUGCUGCUGUCCGCAGUAGCAAACCCAGUUGCAAACCCGGAACCCGACCCUCCUGCUCUGAAAGAGAGACAGGAGACCGCCUCUCCUGGUACCGGCUUGCCUAGGCCAACUAGCGCCCCUGGUAUCACUGACUCGUUGCCUACUAUUACUACUACCAGGCAAGGCCCGACUGGCACUUCUUCUCCUACUACCACUUCGCCCAGCCUGACAAGCACCGCGAGUUUGACUACCUCUUCCUCUACCAUCAGCGGCGGUAGGACUGGCACUUCUUCAUCUUCUACCCCCAGCUCGCCUGGCCAGAAUAGCACCUCGUCCACUACUCCUACUCCAAGCACACCUGGCACGACUAGCACCCCGAGCCCGGUCCCUAUCCCUCACACCCCGCCUGGCCCACCCACCAUCGUCGUCAACGUCGCCAUCGCCAUCGCCAUCUCCGGCGGCAGUGGAAAGGACGCCGCCGCCGCCGCCGCAAAAGCCGCCGCCUCAGGUGGAGGAAAGGAUGCCCAAGCUGCCGCGGUUGCUGCCGCAGCGGCCGCCGCCGGCGGGGGUAGCGCGAAGGAUGUCGGGGUCGUUGCUGCCGCCGCCGCCGCGGCCGCCUCCGGUGCGAAUGGAGGGGACGUCGCUGAAGCUGCAGCUGCGGCCGACGCCGCCGCAGGCGGAGGAAGUGAUGCUGCCGCCGCCGCCUCAGCGGCCGCCUCCGCAGGUGCAAGCGGAUGGAAUACCGCCGCCGUUGCUGCUGCUGCCGCCGCUGCCGCCUCGGGUGCUAGUGGAGCGGAUACCGCCUCCGCCGCCGCUGCUGCUGCCGUCACCUCCUGCGGAGGGGGUGUUGCGGCUGCUGCUGCGGCUGCCGCCGCCUCCGCUGGGGGCAAUGGAACGGAUGUCGCUGUUGUUGCCGCUGCUGCUGCCGCCGCGUCGGGUGGCGGAGAUGGGAAGGCUGUCGCCGAAGCCUGUGCUACUGUCGCCUCCUCCGCGGGUGGAGGGAGUGCUGCCGCCGCCGCCGCUGCGUCCGCCGCCUCCGAUGGGGCUGAUGGAGCUAAUGCCGCUGCUGCGGCCGCUGCUGCUGUUGCUGCUGCCUCUGGGGCGAAUGGAGACAUUACCGCUGCUGUUGCUGUUGCGGUCGCCGCCGCUGGGGGUGGUGGAUGGAAUGGCGCCGCUACGGCUGCUACCAAAGCUGCUGAUGCUGGCGAUAGCCCCGAGGAGGUUACCAACGCUAUUGUUUCUGCCCCGAAUAGUGGAGGUAUUGGCAAUAGUACUGGGACUGGCGGGAUCAGCACGGGCACCGGCAGUAACAGUACUGGAACUGGCAGCACUGGCAGCACUAGUACUGGAACCGGCACUCCCAGCACCGGAACUGGCACUACUAGCACGGGAACCGGCAGCACCAGUACUGGAACCGGUACUGGAAGUGGUUAA